AUGAACCGUUUUGAGUAUUGCCAGGCACGUCUUUCGGAAAACGAAUCCUUUGUGGCGAAAGAUCGUAGUAUUAAGCUGUAUGACGGAGAUGAAAAAACAAAUUACGAAGAUGGCGAGAUAGUGCUGACUAGCCACCGGUUGUUGUGGGGACGUAAUGGAGAAAUAGCCCGUGGAGGCAAUUGUUUGGAUCUGAAACUGCGAUACGUAACAUCGGUAGACGAAGAGGAGGCCAGUUCCAUGCUGUUCGGUCGAAAGAAACGCAUCAUUUUACGCCUACGAGAUAUAGCAACGGACAAGAAACCGGGACCUAUGGAUCACAGUUGCUCCACCUUUGUAAAGCUGUCUGGCCGUAAUGGAGUUGAUGCCGCGUUCGUUCAGGCACUUCAUUCUACCCUUGCCGCCCGUGUUUGGGCUGUGACGAAUGAGGCAGCCGGAACACCAUCCAGUGAAGCAGAUGUACUGACAGCAGGAACCAGUAUAGACAGAAGCCAUCGGCAGCUGCGCAUCGGAAUAAUAGGCAUCGAACGUAAUUUGGCAGAAAAGCAAAAGCAAACAGAUGCCAACAUCAAUCUCGCGUUCAAGGACCUGGGCAAGUUGAUGGGCAUGGCGAAAGAUAUGGUGGCCAUAACAAAUGCCGUUAGCGCAAAGAUACGCGAACGCCAGGGUGAGAUAUCGGAAGAUGAGACAGUGCGCUUUAAGUCGUAUCUAUUGAGCCUCGGUAUUGACGACCCGGUGACGCGUGACGGAACGCGCAGCAAUUCGGAAUACUUCCUGAAACUUUCGCGACAACUAUGCGAGAUGCUGCUAGAUCCCAUCACAGAGGCGGGAGGAAUGAUGUCCCUGGCCGAUGUUUACUGUCGCGUAAAUCGGGCCCGUGGUUUGGAGUUACUCUCGCCGGAAGAUUUGCUCGAGGCGUGCAGACUGCUAAUGGGACCGAUUAAACUUCGCGAGUUUCCUAGUGGAGCUAUGGUGUUGCAGCUGGACACGCACGACGAUGUCCUAGUAUCGGAGAGAACUGUAGAGCUGGUCGAGCAGAAUGUGUCCAUGAGCCCGGAUGAACUAGCCCGCCUGGAGUGUAUAUCGUUGCUAUUGGCUCGGGAGCGCCUACUAACGGCGGAAGGUUUCGGUCAGCUAUGCCGUGAUGAGUCAAUCGAGGGUUUACGGUUUUAUCCGAACAAAUUUAUUCUCUGCUGA